GAAUCGAUAUUGUUGUUUGAUCAGUUUAUUAAAGCACAAAUACCGAUUAAAUCUUUUGGAUUGACAUCACAGGAAUAUGCCAGCGGGUCCAGUAAAUUAAAGGUGGCUGUUUACGCUCUGCACCACACCCAUCCCCACCUCCUCCACCUCUCCCCUGUAACAUUAUUCCUUCUAUUUCUUUGCUGCUGCAUGGGUUUAUUUUCAUUCCCGUUAAAUUCACUUUUGACGUUCGCCUCAGCCACCCCCAUGUGAUACCGAGUGAAGGCAUUUCUCAGGAAUUCCUCAUUAAUUACAGACUGACUUCACGUUCCAUCAAAAGGUACAGCAUAUAGUAAUACAAUGGGAUAUGACAUUGAUCGAUUUGUAGGCUAUGUAAAUGAAGGAUUGCUGUGUUGCAUCUGUCGAGAUGUGUUGGAGAAUCCUUUACAGGCUCCGUGUGAACAUGCCUUCUGUACUACUUGCAUUCAUGGCUGGCUCGUGCAGAAUCAUAAUUGCCCUGAAGAUCGUCAGGCUUUGGAUGUAUCCAUGCUUCGACCAUUGUUUAGGUAUAUGCGAAAUGAUUUGAAUCGCCUACAGAUUUGGUGCAAAAAUAGGCAGCAUGGUUGUGAAACAAUCUGUUCUUUAGAAGCUGUUGACAGGCACGAAAGAGAAUGUGAAUACAGCCAAAUUCCUUGCUUAAAUGCUGGCUGUACUGUUCAGGUAGAGCGACGCAAUCUGGAUUCUCACUUGGCAGUAUGUGAAUAUCGAAGUCGUGAAUGCCCAAAUGGAUGUGGUUAUGCUAUUCUUAGUGCAGAUGAUGCUCAACACAACUGUAUAGCAGAGUUGAGGACUGAAUUAGAAUUGCUCAGGUCUGAAAUGAUUUGUAAAAUUGAAGAAGUAAGGCAUGAAAUGGAGUCCCGUUUAGAUUCCCAAAGAAGGCAUAUGGUCCAGAAAGAAAGUGUGCUGCAAAAUGAAAUUGAGGAACUUAAAAGUCAGAUGUCACGUGUGAUGUCAGAUAUGCGGACACUCGUUGCAGAAGAAAGACAACAUCGUCAGGAACUCGAACAAGCAGAACUUGAAAAAAGAGAACUGAUGGAAUUGUUGAAAAGCCUGCAUAAAGAAAAUAAGCUUACCACUGGAGAGGGAAGUGGCAAAAGAAACACUGGUGGCAGACCUCUGAACCGACUAGAAAGCAUGAAAAGAAAACCUAAAGAAGUCACUAUUAUCUAGGAGAUGAACCUUAAACGAUUUAAGUCAUUUGCUGAACUUCUCAGAAGAUUUGAUUUCAAGUAUUGCUGUCGGAUUUCUCCAAAACGUAUGAAAU